AAUCAAAAUAGUACGUUCAAUUCUCUUAGCGGUUUAUUCUUAAACCGGUCAAGGAUCAGUUUUCUUCAUAAAAGCUCUACCUUUUUGGGUGAAGAUGUAAAUCAGGUGGACAAUUUUGACCCAUGUCCGGAUUUCCAGUAACGCAUUACACAAUCAAAUACACUUAAUACACCUGCAAGAAGAUUAGCCCCCCUCCCGUCAAAAAAGUAGAGGGAGCGGAUGUACACAGCCUCCAAGAAGAUAACAAAAAAGAGGAUCAAAACAAAUCUUGAAGUUGCCAAUUCCCCACCGAAGUCGGCAUCUAACAAAUCGCUCAUAUUUGUGCAAUAUUCAGCUUAAAUUUAGAUUUCGUCUUCUAUUAUUUUAUCUAACAUUUCAAUCGACCGGUGACUUGUUUUGCCAGGGGCAAACUUAACGGCGGCUGAAGUCACUCUAUCGAGGCAAAGAUAACCCUCAAAACCAAACCUGGGUUCAGUUUUGUUACAUGUUUAAUUUAAAGCAAUUUAAAUAGAAUGGAUACGACAGUUUGGUAGCGGUAAAAUCAAAUCUUAUCGUUUAGGUUCCAUCUAUGGGUAAAAAGCACUAUGACCAGGUUAUGUAAGACUAUGGACGUGGACUAACAAUGAUUCAAGGACUUCUGGCGAAGCAACGCAUUCAGACCAAGAGUGCAUCUUCCCUCCAGCCAGGAUAACGGCGUAUGUUACUAUGGCAACAAGCAAAAGUACCCUCAAUCCAGCUCGCUUCCUUCAAUGGCUAGUGAAAGCAAAACAACAUGAAGGUAUGUGUACACGGUUGUGCUGAAAGCUAGAAACUUCUGGGACCGUGACGACUCAUCAUUUAACACUUUCAUUUAACGUUUUCUGGCAUGUGUACGUUGUAUAUUAUGUGGAAAAUAGACAGAAGUGCACGCAUUAAACGAAGAAUCUAACUUGCUUAAGAUUUUAAAUUUUCGCAGAGCUUUUAUGCUAUGGUAAAUCUAAUGAUCUCAGGCAAUUUCAUGUAAAUCAGGCGAUAUUUUCUUGACAGAAGACUUUCUGAAGUCUCCUCCGCCAGAAGAAAUAAAAUUAAUAGAACUGAAAAAGGAGAGGUCGUCUCACCUGGCCCUUCAAUGAAAAAAACUCUUGGCUUUACGCGAAGUCCGUCAUCGUAUUAAGUUUCAAUUUUUUGUCCUAGCUUUGAAGGUUCACAUUAAAGGUGAAAUGGUGACCCCAGCUUUGUCUGGAGAUAUUGUUUAAAAAUUCAGUCUAGAAUUUAUGUGAGUUAAAAUUACCUUGAACGGAUUUGACUGCCACUUAGAGACAAAAAUAUUACUAACGCUCCAAUUUAUUGUCAUAAUAAUAGAAACACCCCGGGGAGAAACACCAUGAAUAACAUGGUUCAAGAUGUAACAAUAUAAAAGAAACUUGAACGAAAAACCAGUCACCACAACUUUGUCCGUGGAAAACUAUUAUAUUGCUAAAGACUUUGACUUCUUUUAAACUGUGUAAAGACAUAAAAUCAGUUUCCUAUGUGCGAAGAAUGAAUCUUCAAUUACAACCUCUCGAAAAUCGUUCCAAAGCAUUUUUAUCCUCGAUGUCUCUGACGGGGCCAACUGCUCCACAGCGAUAACAAAAUGAACUUCGUCUAUACAGUAGGUGACAUUCACAUGAUUUUUCUAAACCCCUACUAACCCGAAAGUAUAGAUCAGCUUUAACUGUUCAAAAGUAGUCUCUUAAUGUGCCAGCCCUAAUGUCCCUAAAUAUUAUGUUUUCUCCAAGUUUAAAAAGCUGCCGGUAUAAUAAUAACAAUGAUCUUUUCUUCGAUUUAUGAGGCAUUAAUUAAUAAGAUUUUCUUUUAAUUCUUCCAGAGAAAUGUGAUAACCCGCACCAAAGUGUUUAUGAAUCUUAGAGAAAAGCUUCAAACUAUUCUUUUGGAGUUCACAUUUUUGCAGAGAUAGCUAGCUCUUGUGGCUGUCUUGAAAUGUAGCGUGGGUGAUUGUGCGGGAAGAGCACAUGCUUGGUAAAGUGGGCGUAUAAUGAUAUAUGCAAUGCCGGGAAAACCUUUAUUCCUUCACAGAAAAUGUUAUUCUUAAGACGGACUGCAAAAGAGAAAUCUAGCGAAAACUAGUUGGAAGUGUUCGUUUUUGACUGAAUAGAGAAAUUUGGGUAUAAAACAUGUUUUUAAGUAGCAAUGACACACAAUUUAUCCUUGGUAAUCAUUGGUAGGCGGAAAAUGGCUUUGAGAUAAACUUGAACAAUCAAGUUACAGAGCAUCAGUUUAAAGGCAUUCUGUUUAUGAAUUACUAAACCAUUCUGCUUGCUUCAUAACAGAUAACAUUUUUCAGCUUCUUUACCUAUAAAUUACUAAAAAUACAUUCUUUCUUUGAUUCUUAAAAGCUGUGUGGCGUGUAAUUUCAUAAAUUUUGAAACACAUUUCUUUCAUCAAAAAUGGCACCUGAUUGGCUAAUAACUACAGGAAACGAGUUACAGUUAGUCAAGCAGAAAAUGGCUCUGAAAAGAUUUUUGACCAAUCACCAUCUCCACCGCUAUAAAUGGGACAGCAAGACCGCAGUAACCUCACAUUGCUCCAAGUGUUUACCAAGGAGCACAAAUUCUAGGGACACUAUCAGGAGGAUUAAGGUAAGAUUGUCAAUACUUUUAUCAAACUACAAGAUAUUCAUUUCUCUGAUUGACAACUUUCCGAAAUUGUUAAACGAUGAUUUUUGAACAAAAUGUUUUUUCUUUGCCAUCCAGGAUAAUGAUGCGUUUGUGGCAUUGUGUGGUCCUAAUUUUGCUGUUCUCCGGAGCCACUCAGGCAGCUAGGACAGUCUAUACAUUCGAGAGUGCCUCUCAUCUGAGUGCCUUUACCGCGUCAUCGACAUCAACUUUAGAGCGGACGAAUACUCGUUAUAAAGACGCAACACAUUCUAUGAAGUGGACCUGGGCGAGUGGAGACACAAUCACACAUUCAUUCACAAGCGAUAAAAUUAAAGGAAACGAGCUUAGAAGAGGAGGAAUUAAACUGUGGCUUUACAAUACUGACAAACGCGUGGGACAAAAUGAAAAAUUGACCGUCUCUUUCCUUGAUACACUGACCACGCCUGGCAAUCCGACUACUGUAUCGCAGUUCAAGAUCAAUCUGAAUUUCAAGGGCUGGCGUGGAGUAUGGGUCUCUUACCAAGAAUCCAAAUUGGUUUCCGGCCGGGAUAUCGACACUUUGAAAAUAACAGCUCCGACAACUACCCAAACCACCCACCCCUUGUUUAUCGACCUCUUGCGAUUGGUGAGCAGCUUAAGCAAACAGACACGUGACGAGAUAGUUCCAACUAUUGGCCAGGGAAUUUACACUCCGAAUAACUUCUGGCAGCAAACUUAUCGCUGGAGUCUGGCCACUCCGACAAAUAUCACCGAAUCUACUCCUAGUCAGGACAAAUUGGAUGACUUGGCCCUCAUCGAAAAGCGUUUGGAGAAUUGGUUUGUUAAACAGUCACAGAGUUCAGUCCAGUUUACAGGCAAUGUGAGGAAGAGAUUUGAGUCCCUACCGGUGGCUAGUUCACACGUGGAGUUCGGUCAACUACAAAUUGCGAAAAGCGCAGAGGGUAUUAUCACAGGUACUCCUCUGUUCGCUAAACAAUCUGAGUAUAACCACAGAGAGUUUGGUUACGUCAUACCAAAAGUGCUGCUUCCAAUGGCGCUAGAUUACCACAUAAGAUCUCGUCAAAACGAUAUUAACGACACAGCCGCAGAAGAACUGUCCAAUCUGAAUGGAGAAGCUGAAAGUAAGAAUGCAGCAAUAAGGAGAAUAGCGGGUGCCGACCAAACCAUGCAACAGACAUUCACAAACGCUCUGGGUUCAACUCCGUACACUUUAGAGAAGGUCAAGGAGGCCAUUGCCACACUCAACAACAAGCGCAAGGAACGCUUGCUACUUGUCUUAGACUAUAUCGAGGAUCAAGGUUUCACUGACGGCAGCGGGCUUGGUACCUUGGACCAUGAAAUGAACAACGCGGGGGCAGGGUUUAUGACUGCAGCCUUUCUCCUAAGGAAAGAAUUACAAGCCGCGGGAAAGUUAUCUGACUAUGUUGCCACCAUGAAAUGGUACAACGACUUCGGCGAGAUUUACCAAGCUCCAUUUGAAUACGUUGGUACAACCGCUGAUCGAAUGAGAACUAUUUCAUUGUGGAGAUUAUUUGCUGUCCUUAUGAUGCCUACCUCCACAACAAAAGAAAAACAGGAGAAAAUUCGUGACAUGAAAGCACUUGGCCGAUGGUACGCCAACGCCUUAUCUCCAAAUGAAGGUUUUGCAGGAACACUUAAGCCUGACUACGUUGGUUACCAUCACAACAGUUACUAUGCUUCUGCUUACACACCCCAUGCUUUACACAAGGCUGCACUCAUUCAGUACCUGCUUAGCGGGACAGAAUUUGCAUUAGGCGCUGAGACGGAGGGAAACAUUAAGAAAGGACUUGAAGUAAUGAGGAUUGUCUCUGUUAAAUAUUCUUCACCAAACAGCGUCUCAGGUCGCUUUCCAGGAUUCAGUCGCGUAAUUCUGGCAAAGUCCUUCCCUGCUUAUGCUUAUGCUGCUGCCACUGCUCCAGUUUUGAACGAUGACGGCUCUUUUGGUGAAAUUUCUACUUUCAACAAUGAAACCCUCCAGAUGUUUUUGCGGCUGUACGACACAACGGAAAAAGCGGUUAACGAUUACCUGGGAGAUGGAGCGAUUUUUACUAAUAUUUAUUAUCUGAAUUCCAUUGGCUCGGUUAACAUCAUGGAGGAAAUUCACAAAAAGGCCAAUGCAAUGAGCAUCCAAGCAGAGAGCUCUCCCCAAGGAUGUUGGACCAAGAAUUAUGCAGCAUUUAUCAUCCAAAGACGAGAAGACUGGGCGGUCACUGUUAAAGGAUUCAACAAAUAUAUUUGGGACUUUGAAGCUUCAGGAAAACAGAAUGUCUUUGGGCUUUAUCAGAGUCAUGGCGCGUUACUUGUAGCAAACAGCGAGGAGGCUCUUUUAACGCACGAUAUCGACAAUGGCUGGGACUGGACACGACAUCCGGGUACUACAACUAUCAAAAUGGAUCUCGAUCAGCUGAUAAGCGAUAACCGCAGAUAUUUUCAACCAAAGCGAUUGGCUGGAGGAUUAACAUUGGUCGGCGGUGGGGACUAUGCAUCUGGGAUUUUUGGAAUGGAGUUUUCCCAGCCUCCCUAUCGCUUUCCAUCUGGAUCCUUUCAAUUGGACAUCAACUUCAGCUUUAAAAAGAGCGUGUUCUUUGCUGAUUACGUCAUCAUUUGCUUAGGCACUGGUAUCACCUCUUCUAACAGCUCUCCGAACAUCACGCAGACUUCAUUGUUCCAGAACAAGCUGCUAGAUUCCGAUAAUCCGUCAUCUAUUCUCAUAAACACUACCACCCACUCACUCAGUACUGAUUUAACUAGAGAGCCUUCCUUUUUUGGAGACGGGGACAAUGCGGCUACGCUAAGAGAUGUUAACGGGAAUGGUUACUACAUUCCUAAUCCUAACAGCCAAGGACUAAACAUGAAGAUCAGCCUGCAAACAUCCAGGGACCAAAGGGGAAGAGCAAGAGAGACAUCAGCUCGGUAUGCUACAGCUUGGCUUAACCAUGGCGUCAAUCCAUCGGACGCGAAGUAUGAAUACACUAUAGUUGUGAACAAACCUGCAAACGUUGUCCAGGUACUGGCCACAAGGCAAGCAAGUGACAACAAAGUAUAUGAAGUUCUCCACAAAGACAACAAAGCCCACGUGGUAAAGAUCAAUGAUUGUCCCAGGGCUGGUGAAACUCAGUACGGAUAUGUUUUCUUCGACAAAUCUGUCCGCACCCCUGGUCCAGUUAGGCGCGUGGACAAGGUGCCUUGUAUUGUGAUGGUGGAAGAGGUGGAUAACAACAACUUAUACAUCGCUGUCUCUUCUCCUGAUCUUAAUUUCAACAUUACCAGAGACCUGGAAGUUGGUAGCCAGGUUAACGGCGAUGAACGGUUUUACUCUAUCAGUAUGCCAGUAGAAAUACAGGUGAUGCAAACAUCUCUAACUUAAAACCCUAAAUAUUUCUUAUCCCCCCCAAAAUUUCAUUCAUGCAGUAAGCCCGUUAUCCAUUUGAGGGUUAAUUUCACGACUUACGUGUCGUUUACGGUAACAUUUUAAUAUUUCACCUUCAAUUCCUUUAGAGAC